AUGGCGUCGACACUGGAUAUCCUUCGAGCGGAGAGAGCGGCACAAGACGCUGAGGAAGCGCGUCCGCCUUUCGUUAGCGUGAACGAUGUCAGAGCUUUUAUUGCAACUGGGAGCCCUGCACCGAGUGAUAACAUCACGCUUGAAAUGUGCUGGCUGGGGGCUACAGAAUUCAAUCGUGGAUGGCACGUCGAGUUGUUGAAUCGGGCCGACGAAGAAGUGUUCGAAGUGGUGGAGGAAGGGCUUGGGAAUAUUGAUCCUGCACGACGUAUGUUCAUGAAAUCCAAGUCGAACCAGAUCAGCAAGUACUCAGACUAG